AGUGUUAUUUUCAGACAGCACCCAGGGGAGAUAUCGCAGUUUAACUGCCAAAAAUUACACCCCAUUAUGAUUUUAUUAGGCUAUGAAAGCUUGUUUGACCUGUGUAAUGACUGGUAAACAUAGUCUGUAGACCCCUGGAGAAACAAAGCCACAGCACUAGCAAAGCGUCCAGUCAAAGAGUCUGAGUGUUGAGUGUUGGACCGGAACUUGUUUCAUGUGAGGAGAAAGUUACCAGACUCCUUCUUAACUGUGUCUUCUUCCUCUCAUUUCUCAGCGUUGACGGGGUCUGUCAGCUGGUCUGUUGACAUGCAAAUUGUACAGAGAGGGAGGGAGGCGGUGGCGGCACAGAGCUCCGACAGAAGCGACCGUGUGUUUCCCUCAAACAACAUGCCCUCCGCGGGACUGUCGGACUAGCCAGCACCGUCUCCGCCUGAGACCGAGUCCACACUGUGAGGCAGUUUCUCUUCGAGCAGCUGAGAGGAUGAAGGGGAGGAAUCCCAGCGGUUGGUGGAGUUUGUAGCAACAGAAGGAACAGCAGCACUGGCAGUCUUUCCAGCUCCUGCUUGACACCUCUGUCUGCAGCGAGGCUCACCAUGAGUUAGAGGGCAUCGGAGACAAUCGCCACAGCUGCCUUCCCACCAUCUGGAGCACCGUGUCUGGAGACGGCAGCAUCACUCGCCCUGCUUCAUGAGCCAGCAGGAUGCGGCUGAGGUCCUCGCACUCUCCGAGCGCCUCCUCAUAGCUUCACACAAGGGACAAGCCGACAAUGUGGUCCAGCUUAUCAACAAGGGCGCAAAAGUAGCUGUCACCAAGUAUGGCAGAAGCCCCCUGCACUUGGCUGCCUACAAAGGCCACAUUGAGGUUGUGCGUAUCCUGCUCAAAGCUGGCUGCGACCUGGACAUCCAAGACGAUGGGGAGCAGACGGCGUUACACCGGGCUGCAGUCGUGGGAAACAGUGACGUUAUCAGCGCUCUCAUCCAGGAAGGGUGUGCACUGGACAGGCAGGACAAGGAUGGCAACACGGCUCUCCAUGAGGUGUCCUGGCACGGCUUCAGUCAGUCUGUCAAACUGCUGGUGAAGGCUGGAGCCAACGUUCACGCUAAAAACAAGGCAGGAAACACAGCUCUCCACCUUGCAUGUCAGAACGGUCACGCUCAGAGCUCCAAGGUUCUUCUACUGGGAGGCUCCAGGCCCGACAGCAAGAACCAUGCAGGAGAUACAUGUCUGCAUGUAGCGGCCCGUUACAACCAUGUGGCUAUGAUCCGCAUCCUGCUGGGAGCCUUUUGCUCCGUGUCAGAGAAGAACCUGGCUGGGGACACACCGCUACACGUGGCAGCUGCUCUGAAUCACAAGAAGACAGUACGUCUACUGCUGGAGGCAGGAGCUGACAGCCGCAUCUGCAACAAUGCAGGUCAGACAGCUUUGGACCAGGCCAGAGAACACAACAACCCAGACGUGGCUCUUCUCCUGACCAAAGCUCCACAGGUGCAGAGCUUUGUGCGUGGCAGGAGCUUGAGGAAGAGGAGAGACAAGCUAAAGGCAGAGGGCAGAGCUCAGUCUGUGCCCAGAGAUGAGAUGCUGCCCUGUAAGGACAGUGCAUCUGCUGCAGAUGACACACAGAGCAGUGACCGAGCCGCCUGCAAACACGCUGAGGUGACCGAGUCAAACACCAGGAAGGGAAAGAACAGGAAGCAGAAAGAAAAGCCAUCAUUGUCAGACCCCCUCCGCCGCAGAGAGACCAGGAACAGUGAAGCCUUUCACAGGAGGAAAGGCAAACUGCGAGGAAUCUCGCCUCAUGCAUCCAUCCCUCCACACAACUAUAAGGCCUAUCAGCUCUACACGCUGUACCGAGGAAAGGAUGGCAAAAUCAUGCAGGCUCCUCUGAACGGCUGCCGCUGUGAGCCUCUCAUCAGUAAACUGGAGAACCAGCUGGAGGCCACUAAGGAAGAGAUGAAGACCGAGAUCCACACUGUGCAGGACCUGAUGAACAGCAAGAUGGGCCAGCUGGACCGCAAGAACAAGCACCAGAUACGAGCUCUUGAUAAGAUGACAGUGGAGAGAGUGUCAGCAGAGAGGAGCGAGUGUGUGCAGAGGAUCGAACAGAAGGCCAUGCAGGAGAGACUGGAGACAGAGAAGAGACAGCAGGCGUCCCUGGUCAGUGAGCUGAAGAGCUGGUGUCUGUCCAAGCUGCAGAACAUGGAGGGUCGUGUCACAGGAGACCCCAGCAGCACCAAGCUGCAGCGCUCCUCCUCUGUGGCAGAGGGCCUGAACGAUGCAGAAGGAGCCGGCCUCACCGUACUGCCUGCCACCCAGGGAGGCAGCUCCCAGUGCCUGGAGCUCCAGGACAGCCCUGCACUCCUACACUCCAGCAGGGCCGAGGCCAGCGUAGCAGAGGGCGGCUCAGCCAACCACUACUUUGUGGUUCAUGUGGAGAGCUCUCCAGAUGGUGAUAAGGCUCAUAAUGCUGACAUCACCUCUCCUGCAGCAGCCAGGAGCCCACUCAUGUCUACCCAGGUGGUUCGUCCAAAGGAGCGCACGACGAUCUCUGCAAAGCCUCAGGACCUGCAGGAUGUGGACUUGACGGUGUGCGGGGUGAGCAGCAGCAGGAGGCACAGGGCCAGCAGUCUGUCUCCGGCCACAGAGCGCCGCUGCAGCAGCAGCAGGACUGACAGCAGGCUCAGAGAGAGGGAGCGAGGCCGGGACAGAGGGAAGCACCACAAGAAGCAUUCACAGGGCAGGACUAAGUCUAGAGGGGCCGCAGGGGUCAAGACCCUGGAGGUCUUCGGAGACCAACCCAGCGAGCCCUCCUUCGCUCAGGAGAAGGACAACAUGCACGCUCUGGAGGUGACGCAGUACUUCUUCGAGGCGGUGUCGACGCAGAUGGAGCGCUGGUAUGAGAGGAAGGUGCAGGAGGCUCGCUGGCAGGCUGAUCAGAGGGCUCAGGCCGACAGAGCGGCACUGAUCGAGAGGAUCACAUAUCUGGAGGACGAACUCCGCAUGCUAAGGACUAACAGACAUGAUGACUGCUGACACACCUCAUCUGUCACUACCUGGCUGGAGAACAUACAGGCUACACUCCACUCUGUCAACUGCCAUUUAAACAGACUGUAUAGAACUGAUAACUUCAUUAUUUCCAGGGCUGUGGGGCUGGAUCCACUCAAUCAUACCAUAAUGGAGUCCAGGUAUCCCAGUUUAACAGACGCCUAAAACCAGUUCCAUGUUGCGGUUACUUUCCUACUGGUAACUGGAGAUGUGUACAUACAGUAGUGUAGUAAUGAGGCAGCUGUGCGUUGUAAAUAAACCAGUAGAUGUAAAGCUAGAUGUCAACAAAUUGAUCUAAUGUGCCAUUUCUAGUAGCAAACAUGUCUCUCAUUAACAUACAUGAUGUGUGGAAGGAAACCACAGUGACAGCUGGCUGGAUGGAGGGAAUCACAGCAACAUAAGCUUUUUGUUGUCUCUAUGCUGGAAUCAGACUGGUAGUAGGUAGAAAAAGGUGCUGAAAUAUGCAUUUUAUCACUGUAUCUUCAGUAACCAUGAGGUCUAGGGAAGCUGCAGCCCUAAUCACUCUCUCUGUCUUUCAGUCCUGUAUAAAGCUUGUUGUCUCUUGA